AUGCUCGAUUCUUCAUCAAGUGAAGAAGAGGAAGGUGUAAGUGGAUUUACAAAUUAUGGAAAUAAAUCCACUGUGUCAAAUGUUGCUGCUUGUAGUAAAGUUCCAGUUCAGUCAAGUGUAGCUCUUACAACUAGUCGGGUACCAGCAGAUAACGUCGGGGGAAGACAACGAGGUGUGCAGCCUAGGUCUUUGCGUACUACUUCUAAUGAUGUUAGCACUACAUAUGGACGCCAAAACUCAGUUUCUUCCCAUCAGAUUGAUAGUACCGAUCGUAGUCAUUCCCCACAUUCUAAACAACGUUAUAUGUUAGGAUCAAAAGGUCAAGUAAUUUCUAGUCAACAAGGCCGACCAUCUCGUCAAUGGACAAAUGAAACAUUUUCACGCAGUGGUUACAGUCAAGAGUCUCAACAUCAAACUUACAGCAGCAUGCAAGAAGAUGAUGAAAUAUCUAUGUCCUCUAUGAGUUUAAACACUCAUUCGCCACAACAGCAAUCACAAUCAAAGUUUUUGAAACAUAGUACUAUGGAACGAUAUGGUCGUGAAACACAUGGGAGUAGUUCCUACAGUGUGAAUAGUACAAAUAGUGCUCCUAAUGCAGAAUCUACAGAAUCUCAUCAAGAGAAGCACCAAAGUCGAAAUCCAUCAUUAGUAUCACAGAGUCAAGAUUUAGGCACUGUGAUUAAUCAACCUGUUGUUAUUCUAAGAGAUCCAGCAGCGUUAGAACAAGAAAAGCUUGAACGUGAAGAACAAGAAAGACGUAAAGCUCUACAAUUAUAUGUCUUUGUAAUGCGUUGCAUAGCAUAUCCAUUUUAUUCCAAACCACCGACUGAUUUAAUACGUCGUUAUUUAAAAAUUACUAAGCAACAAUUGAAUACAUUUAAAGAACGUUUUCAGGCAUUUCUUAGUGGGGAAUUAGAUGUUGUCGGUGACGAAGCGUUUACAAAUGCCAUACAAAGUUAUUAUGAAGGAUUUUUACAUAGUGAUCGUGUAGCUAGUAUGGUUCGUGGCGGUGGUUGUUCAAUGCAUGAUUUUCGUGAAGUAUUUCGAUUAAAUAGUGAACACCGUGUACAGUUUUUACCAGAAAUUGAAGGUUUGAAUAAAGCAAAUGUUGUCAGUGCCUGGAUGGUAAAGUUUGAUCAAAUAUGUCGUGGUGGUGCUGGACCAUCUACGGUUUUACAAAAAUUACAAGUUCCUCAACCUGAAUUAGUGAUGACUAAAGAACAGUUGUAUGAGUUGUUUCAAGCUACAUUAGGAGUAAAAAAAUAUGAACAUCAAAUUUUGUACAAUGCACUACAAUUAGACAAUGCUGAUGAACAAGCUGCUCAAGUUCGUCGUGAAUUAGAUGGACAGUUACAAGCAGUUGAAGAGUUGUCUAGAAGUCACCAAUUUCCUCGUUUAGUUGUAAAAAAUAUGGAAAGUUUAUAUGUAGAUGAAUUGCGUAAAAUGGUUGGUGAAUUAAUGCUUCGAUUAGAGUCUGUUCCAGUGGCAAGAGGUUCUAGUAGCUUUCAAAAAUUUAAAAAAGUUAGCCGCUCACAAAAUUCUGGUACAAAUUCACCUAGUCUUCCUUAUAAAGAACAUAAUGAUGAAAUUAAUGAGUUGAACUUCAAGAACAAAUUGGGUAUUCAAUUAAGUUUUUCAGUUGAGAUUGUUGUUGGUCAAGUGAAAAAUCUGAAACAUCUACCAACUAAUAAAAUGGUUUAUUGUACCAUGGAGGUUGAAGGUGGUGCUCGAUUACAAACUGAUUUAGCUGAAGCUGGGAAACCAGUGUGGGGUACACAGGGUGAUUUUUCAACUAAUCAACCUCUUCCUACAGUCAAGGUAAAAUUGUAUGCCGAAACUUCUGGACUUUUAUCACUUGAUAGCGGCAAAGAGUUGGGUCGCGUUAUCUUAAAUCCUACAUGUACUGGUAAUCGUCAACCAGAAUGGUAUAAAUUACAAACUUCUAAAAAUGUACCGGAUGACUUACAACUACAACUCACAUUGCGUAUGGAGAAACCAAAUAAUCUAAAACAUUGUGGUUAUUUAUAUGCAUUAGGUCGAACAGCAUUUCGAAAAUGGAUACGACGUUAUAUUUGCUUAAUACAGGUGUCACAGUAUACGUUUAUCAUGGCAUCCUACAAAGAGCGUAAAUCGGAUCCAACAGAGAUUAUGCAAUUGGAAGGAUUCACAGUUGAUUUUUGUGAUUUCCAAACUGAUUUAGCAGCUACUGGCGGAAAAUACUUUUUUAAUUUAGUCAAAGAAGGUGAUAGUGUAAUGUUUGCAACAGAUGAUGAAAAUGAACGUCAACUGUGGAUACAGGCAAUUUAUCGUGCUACUGGUCAAACACAUAAACCAGUACCACCGUCAAAAAAUAUAAGUGGAAGUAACAAUAGUAACUUGCAAAAUGUUAAUCUCAAUCCUGACAAUAAAUCAUCGUCGGCUACCUCAAUACUAACUUCUCGUGGUAAUACUUCCAGCAUAGGAAGUAGAACUCAAGGUGAUGUGGAUCGUGCACGUAAACAUGGUCUUGAUGAAUUUGUCAGUGUUGAACCAUGGAAAGUGAAUCAUGCUGAAUUAUUUGCUUUAUUACAAUCAAAAUCACUAGAUUAUCGUAUGAAAGAUUCAUAUGUAUCACUUGGUUGGUUUAGUCCAAGUCAAAUGUUUAUAUUAGAUGAAUAUUGUGCACGUUACGGUGUACGUGGUUGUCAUAGACAUUUAUGUUAUUUAAGUGAUUUACUUGAUCGAGCUGAACAAGGCAUAAUUAUAGAUCCAGCUAUUGUACAUUAUUCAUAUGCAUUUUGUUGUUGUCAUGUAUUCGGUAAUACUCAAGAUACAAAUAUCCGAACUGUUCUAGUUGAUGAACGUCAAAUGUUCAUGGGGAUUCGUCAACGUCUUUAUGCUCUUUUAGAAAAACAAAUUACAGAGUUUCGUUAUUAUUUUCCUUUUGGACGUCCAGAAGGUGCAUUGAAAUUAACUCUGGGAUUGUUAGAAAGAGUCCUUAUGAAAGAUACCGGUGCUCCAGCUUCAGCUGAAGAAGUACGCGAAGUAAUAAGGCGAUGUUUGGAACAAGCUGCUUUGGUAAAUUAUGCUCGUAUAUCUGAAUAUGCAGCAAUUGAAAGCGGUCGUGAUAAAGGUGGUGAAUAUUCACAAACAAGUAGUAAGACUUUGGCUGACCUUAUUCACCUGGGUGAAUUGUGUAUUGAGGUACUGCGUCAAAAUGAAGAACAUCAUGCAGAAGCGUUUUCAUGGUUUCAAGAUUUGCUAACUGAACAUGCAGAAUUGUUCUGGAAUUUUUUCUCAGCCGAUAUGGUUGGUGUAUUAGAAACAAUGCCACCCGAUUGUUGGGAUAGUUUUCCGUUAUUUCAACUAUUAAAUGAUUACCUAAGUUCAGAAGUUGUACGUUAUGUUGAUCUUAUGGAGGCUUCCAUUGCUCAGUCUAUUAAUGGUGGUGUCGACGGGCAACUAAACAAUCAAAAUAAUACAAAUAGUUUUGAUUCAUCUAGUACUACUGGUACAACCUCAACCACUACAGGAUUCGCAGCAUCCGCUUUAGAAACUGUUGGUGCUUUAGGCAAUGUAGGUUCAUUAGUUAGUGCAGCUGCGGUUGGUGCAGCCAAUGCAGCGAAUGUUGCAAGUCGCACAGGUGGUUUAAUGGCAGCUGCCACUGCAGCAGCCAGUGCUGCUACACAAGCUGCAACAAAUCCAACAUCUAUUGGUAUGACAAGUUGUAUACCAGUUACUUCAAGCGAAUUAUUAUGGAAGUUAGAAGCAUUGCAAAAUUUUAUUCGAGAACUACACUGGCCUGAUAUAAUAUUUGCUGAACAUAUGGAUAAUCGUUUAAAAAUGAUGGCUGGUGAUAUGAUAGAUGCUGCGGCCCAACGUAAUUUAAAUUGCUUUGAUUCAUGGCUGAAACGUUCAUCGAAAGGCACAGAUUUUAUACUACCUAAUGAAUGCUGUAAUAUGAUCAACACUGUGAUUGAACUAAAAGCAAGUAUAUUGAAAUUAUGUACAAAAGAUACUAAAGGGGAAGAUAUGCAUGAAUAUCAAAAUCAAACAGAAACUAAUUUAGAACGUGUACAGCGAAAAAUGGCAAUAUUAUUAAAUGAUAAAAUGGGUAAAAUAUUGGAAGGAAAUUUAAUAAAACUAGCUCGUUAUGAUGUGAAUACUUUACUUUCAUCAGUACUAUCAUUAACUAAACCUACGGAUGAAAUUGGCAAAGCAUAUGUUGAGUUUCUUCGUGUCAAUUUAGAACAAAUGCGUCAAAAGGUCUCUGAUGAACUGUAUAUUUUAUCAAUUAUGGAAACAUGGUAUAUGACACAAACACGAAUGAUCAAUGAUUGGCUUAUUGAACGUAAAGGAAAUGCUUUAAGUCCUUAUCAAUUCACAUGUCUUUCCACCAUUAUUAAAAAAAUGUAUUCCGAUUUUGAACUUCAAGGUAUAAGCCCAGAUGCAUUGGAUACAAUGGCUUACAAAACAAUUAUGCAAAGACUUCAAAUGGAAGAAACUGCUCAAGCUGUUCGACCUGAUAUAGGAAGUAGUCCAACACGAUCGAUACUUGGCACAAUAACAGGCAGUCUAAGUGGCAUUCCCAAACCUGGAUUCCUUAGUAAAAUGUAACAAUUAUAAGAAACAAGACAACAAAGCACUGUCAACUCGUCCUUCAAUUCACAUACACAUAGAUAGGAGUUUUAUGUUAAUCUUCAAAGACUGCUGUAAAUUGUUCUUUUCCUGUCUUUUAUUUCCUUAUAUUUUUGCCAACUAUUUAUAGUUAUUUCCAUACAAAAUAGAAAAAUAAACUCGACGUUGAUAAUUUUGUGCUAUUCUAUACAUUGAAUUUCUUUCAUUGAAAAAAAUCUUUGGAUAACAUUUUAUCUUAAGGAUUUAUUAGAAAAACCAAAAAAAUCAAACUUUUCUAAUUCUUUGAUUAAUCAUCAGUGAACUGCUAAUGUGUACUUGUUUGCUGGGAAACAAAACAACAGUAGGAUUUAAUGGAUUUAGAAUUACUAACAGAACUGUGGAAAGUUUGUGAUGAUUUUAUUAGUAGAGUAAACCAUGGAUUAGACACCUUCACAUUGUGUGCUUCUUUUCCCUAAAAAUAAAUUUUAUCUUUUAAUUCAUUGUUACCUUAAUUUCAAUUACAUGUUCAAACAAUAACAUCAAUACAGGAUGUGUACUAUUCUCUGUAUGUGUAUAUGACUCGAAGCUAUCUUAAAAAGUGUUUUUAUGAACAGAAUUCUCUGGUAUUCGUGGCUGUGGUAUUGAUGAAGACGACAGCAACAAGAUACAGAUUGCAACACAAAUUACUGCCAACUACCAAUUCAUCUUGUAAAAAUCCAUGCCCUUCCCUCUCUUCUAACAAUAUUCACUGUAGCCUUGUAUAAAGAAUUAUCAGAACAAACAGAAACCAGUUAACGAAAACGAAACUGGACUUUAUUCACUCAAUAUUAAAUACAGAUAAUACUUAUUAUUUUCUCUUUGAUGAUUCAGUAUUUUUUGCAAACAUUUCAUUUUUAUUACAAUUAUAUAUUAACAUAAGAAAUACAUUUAUUCUCAUACAGCGCGUGUAAUGAAUUCUUGCAAAUGUAAGAAAAAAAAUAUUUUAUUAUCAUUAAAAUGUUAAUUGAUUCAACUAAUUUGAACCCUGCUGAUAUCACAACUCGAUAAUGAUAACAAACUGUAUUACUGAUCAUUAAGUUUCAUUAAUUUCUUUACUAAUAAUAUGCAUUAUAGAAACUAAAAUAAUCAUUUUUUUUAUUGUUUGCUCUCUGUAGUUAAAGCAAUCUAUUAUGCUCAAGAACGAGUACUGUUUUAACUAUACAAUCGUUAUUGUUCAUGACAACCUUACUCAUUAUUUGAUUACUCUAAUAUAUCAUCAUACAGAUCAGUUUAUUUUCACUGAUAUGUUCUUUCUCGCUUUGAAUAUACAGUUUCCUUCAUACUUCAAGAAUACUACUUACUAAUUACUAUCGUAUACAUGCAAUGGUUUUUUUCUAUUAUGGAGAGGGAUCUCAAAGUUAACGAGCAAUAUUGCCAAUAAUGAUUAUCUUUCUAUAACUAGUCUUAUAAUCAUGAUUAAUGGUAAUUUUAUUAAAUUUCUCAACUUUAUAUAUAUAUAACAUAGAUAGUACAGUUAUUUGGUAAUUUUUUGCUACUGUCACUACUACUCCUUGUAGUGGUAGCAGCAGUAGUUCUACUAGUAUGUAACUGGGACUUCAUUUUUUCUCAUUUUUUUGGAGGUGAAAUAAAAAGAAUACUAUUGUGA